AAUCAGUUCGUUCGCAUGCUGGACAGCGAAAAUUGAAUUUGUUUGUAAAUAUUGAUAUGUAAUCUAUCUCAGUUUUAUCAUUCAUAAUUCAUCACAUUAUAUUUAAUAAAUACCUACAUAAUUAUAAUUAUAGCUAAGUUAAUUGUGGAUAUUUUUUGGUUUUAACCAAAUAACAAGUGACUUAGGUUAGUUUCGAGAGCAUAACGUUUCAAUGAUGGUGCCGUCCUCGAGUAUGGUGGUCGUGGCUCUAAGUCUACUUGGAGCUGUGAGCGCGUUGCCUGCAGGCCACACAAACAACAAGUUGAAGUCAGACGUUACCUACCCGUUCCCCUACGUGACCCGCGCGCAGUGGCGGGGCCGCCCGCCCACAUCCGUGACGCCCCUGGCCAGCCCUGCGCCCCUGGUGCUCAUCCACCACAGCUUCGAGCCAGCCGCCUGCCGCGACCGCGCCGAGUGCAGCCGCGCCAUGCGACUCAUGCAGGACUACCACCAGAUGCACCAGGGAUGGGCUGAUAUUGGAUACAAUUUCGCGGUCGGCAGCGACGGAGUGGUGUACGAGGCGCGUGGCUGGACUACGGUCGGGGCGCACGCCUCUUCCUACAACUCUAAGAGCAUCGGCAUCGUGCUCAUUGGCGAUUGGAUCGAAUCAGUGCCACCACCAGCCCAGCUGCAAGCGGCCAAAGACCUGAUCAGGAGUGGCGUAGACCGUGGCUUCAUCAGCCCAGAAUACACGCUGGCUGGCCACCGGAAUGUUGGCAGCACUGAGUGCCCCGGGCAAGCGCUGUACGAAGAGAUCCAGACUUGGGACCAUUUCAGUGAUACUCUGUGAUUUGUGGGAGAAAGAGGAUUCUGUGGUUUUGUUCUGUGAUCUUGGAUACUAUGGUGGUGUUGAUGAGUUUUUGAAGUGAGAUUCUACUGGUCAUUUAGUCAGCAUUUAAACUUUGUCUUCAGGUUUUACACUGUGAAUAGCCAAUGUAUACCGACGAUAGGUUAUUGAUAUAUACCUAGGCUUUUAAAGAUUAUAAAAAAAUCAAAAAUUAUUGUACA